CUCCUGCGCCACAAAUCCGUUGAUUCUAGUUAUAUGACUGGUUAGCCCGGUUAUCGUGUGCUCGAUGCGUUCAGCGAUUAAACAUUCAGCAUAAUACGCUCAAACGAUCUAGAGUUGGUUUUUUUUUCGACCCAUCGAGUAAACCAUUUUGGAUAGUCGGACAUCAUCGUCUUACCUGAAGGAGUUUUUCCGCGGGGUAAAUAAAAAUUUCGCUAAAUUCUGAGGAAGCAAAAUGGCAGCGGCCGACUCAUCAGCGGACGACAGUCUUUACCCGAUCGCUGUUUUGAUCGAUGAGUUGAAGAAUGAAGACGUUCAGUUGCGACUGAACUCAAUAAAGAAGCUGUCGACAAUUGCGCUGGCCCUCGGGCCUGAACGAACCAGAAGUGAGUUGAUGCCCUUCCUCACAGAGACAAUCUACGAUGAAGAUGAAGUCCUCCUAGCCCUUGCUGAGCAAUUAGGCUCCUUCAUUCCGUUGGUCGGUGGACAUGACCACGUCCACUGUCUUCUGCCACCCCUGGAGGCCCUUGCAGCAGUCGAAGAGACUGUCGUGAGGGACAAGGCUGUCGAAUCACUGAGAAAUGUCGCUGGACAGCACAACCCUGCGUAUCUCGAGGAGCAUUUUGUUCCUGUCGUGCAGAGAUUAGCUGGGGGUGACUGGUUUACGGCCAGGACUUCAGCAUGUGGAUUGAUCAGUGUCUGCUAUCCCAGGGUCAGUCCUGCUACCAAAGCAGAACUGAGAAAUCAUUUUCGUAAUCUCUGUCAGGAUGACACUCCUAUGGUUAGGAGGUCUGCUGCUUGCAAGCUGGGAGAGUUCGCCAAGGUCGUGGAGAUCGAGUAUCUCAAGUCGGAUCUGAUACCCAUGUUCGUCAUUCUGGCCCAAGAUGAGCAGGAUUCUGUGCGUCUAUUGGCAGUCGAUGCUUGCGUGAGCAUUGCCACCUUACUCCAGCAGGAGGACGUAGAGCAGCUAGUGAUGCCGACACUACGGCAGUGCGCAGCCGAUCAGUCUUGGAGAGUUCGAUACAUGGUUGCUGAUAAAUUCACAGAUAUUCAAAAGGCUGUAGGGCCCGAAAUAACAAAGACAGACCUUGUCCCGGCGUUUCAAGUGCUCCUGAAAGACGCAGAGGCUGAGGUUCGUGCUGCGGCAGCUGACAAAGUCCGUGACUUCUGUCAAAACUUGGAUCAGUUCAGUCAAGAGAAUAUUAUCAUGACGAAUAUUCUACCGUAUGUUAAAGAACUCGUUGCAGACCCCAAUCAACACGUCAAAUCUGCACUCGCCAGUGUCAUCAUGGGACUGAGUCCCAUCCUGGGAAAACUCAACACAAUCGAACACCUAUUGCCACUCUUCCUUCUGCAACUCAAAGACGAAUGUUCAGAAGUGCGUUUGAAUAUAAUCAGCAAUUUGGAUUGCGUCAAUGAAGUCAUUGGAAUUCAGCAACUGUCUCAAUCACUUUUACCAGCCAUUGUUGAGCUGGCCGAGGAUUCAAAAUGGCGAGUGCGAUUAGCGAUCAUUGAAUACAUGCCUCUCUUAGCAGGCCAACUUGGUGUUGAAUUCUUCGAUGAGAAACUCAAUUCUCUGUCGAUGAAUUGGCUGGUGGAUCACGUUUACGCAAUCAGAGAAGCUGCAACACUUAAUCUGAAAAAGUUGGUGGAGAAAUUCGGCCCAGAGUGGGCGCAAAACACAAUAAUCCCGAAUGUUCUCAAUAUGACCAGAGAUCAGAAUUAUCUCCACAGGAUGACUUGCCUAUUCUGCAUCAAUGUUCUAGCUGAAGUUUGUGGGCCUGAAAUGACAACAAAAAUAAUGCUUCCCACCGUGCUUGCGAUGGCAAAUGAUAAUGUUGCUAACGUAAGGUUCAACGUCGCGAAAACUCUUCAACGUAUUGGCCCUUAUCUAGAACCCAGUGCAGUUCAAACCCAAGUUAAACCUGUGCUCGAUACAUUAAACACUGACGCCGAUGUCGAUGUGAAGUAUUUUGCUUCCGAGGCUAUUGCCGGAAUUGCAGAUUUCCGUAAUUCAUAAAUGUUACGUUUUUCAGCGUAGGUUGAUGGAGUCCUUGAAUGCAUUUACUCCUUAACAAUAGAAUAAUAUAACAUAAUAAGAGCAUGAAGAACAGAACAAACAAAAACGUCAGCAUUGAUGAGGAAAGAGAAAUGGGAGGACUAUUCAAUCACAAGGAAAAAUCAUUACACCCGGUAACAGUUCUCUUGUACCCGAUAUCCACUUGGCAACAAUUCAGAAUAAUCACGUGGAAGAUUACUCUUUAUUAACAAACUAAAAAAUGAAAAAAAUACACGAAUAAAGUGAAAUAAAAUGAGAGAGGGUAGUCUUUAAAAAAUAGCAGUUUAUGUUAACCAAUAUUUAAAGGAAGUUAAAAAAAAGAAAGCGGUUUUGUUGCUAUUUGUAUAUCUACUAUAAUAUUGUACCAAGUAUUGAUUUUAUCGAUAUUCAAUCAAGAUCAUGUAUCUUCGUAUAAUAAUUACUUGUCUUUAAUCAUUAAGAUUUAAUCAUGAGAAUGACUCGGUAUCAUUCCUUCUCAUCAUUUUUGAAUUUUAACAAAGAAAACUUCGGACAUUGACAGCAACAAAAUUCUUCAUUCUCACAUUUUCUGUAAAAAAAAAAAUUAUGAAUAAAGUUUUUUCUUUGCGUAAA